CUUUGUGGCUCCUGCUGGGUUGUAGUCCAUGACAAAUCAGCUGGAAUGGUUCUUUCAGAGUUGAAGGUUGCAGACCCCCACCAUAGGCCAGCAGUGACAAACUCAGUCCCACAGGGGGUCAAAAUCCAACACACUCCUCACCUUCCUGGGCAUGUCUCUAUUAUUUAAGAGUUUUAUUCCUACUCAUGGGUCAUAUUCGGUCAUGAUAUAAAAACUUCUGUUUAAACAAACCAAUAACUGGAAAUAAUACAUUUUUUUUUCUUUUUGAGUAAAAAGUAUCCACAAAAAAGGACAAAAAGGGAGCCUAGCCAUCUUUUUCUCUUCAGAAACAGCAGGAAGAACAUGGAGGCCAGAGCUCCUCCUCUCUACGACCUCCCUGCCUUCAUGAACAAUCCAACAGCAAAUCAAAGCAGCACAUUCCUGACUCUGGAAACACAUAAUCACUUGAUGGAUGUUGCUCCCAUUUUCAUUGUUUUCUGUUUUUGUGGCCUUUUUUUUCCCUUCAUUUCCUUGAGUUUGCAGCUGGAUCCGAGGAAUUCAGAAAAAGGGCAGAGCCAGUAUGAAAGGGAGGGAUACAAUAAUGUAAAGUUAUUCACAAAGGAGAAAAAAAUUCAAAGACUCCUUGAGCAACAGAUUUUUCACCUGUAGCGGCUGCAGGUGCUUUUGCUGCAUGGGCAAAGGGACGAGUUUUCUUGAGCAAAACAGUUUCCAGAGUUCACAGGAAGGAGGGAUCAAGGAAAAGGAGGCGGCUUUAGUCGGAUGGGGAGCUCGGUUACUGAACAGAUUCCUCCCACUGCCUGAGCGGACUGAAGCUGCAGCAGACCUGAACCAGUUGCAGUUAUGCUUGAAGCCCUCCUCCUGAUGUUCUUCUCCUCCCCGGUGGUCAUGGUGCCCCCUCUCAGCGCCCCUGCGGCCUGCAGACGCUGCUGUGACCCUGUUGGUCCAGCAGAGGGCAGUGGAGAUCAAACAGCCAUGCCAGAGUUCAGCCACAUCCCUGAGGUCCGCACCUACAUCAACAUGACCAUCCUGAAAGGUGACAAAGGAGAUCGUGGCGACAGAGGGACCCCAGGUAAGGGCGGGGAGCAGGGCCUCCCAGGGUCCAUUGGACCCACUGGUCCACAGGGCAGUAAGGGUCAGGCGGGUCUUCCUGGAGAACCCUGCAAGGUCCAGUACUCCGCUUUCUCUGUUGGCCGCCGCAAAUCCCUCCACACCCAGGACGCCUACCAGACGGUGAUCUUCGACACGGUCUUCGUGAACCUCCACGAACACUUCGACAUGUUCGAGGGCAAAUUCCUCUGCAGCGUGGCGGGGAUCUACUUCUUCAACGUCAACAUCCACACGUGGAACUUCAAGGAGACGUACCUGCACAUCAUGCAGAACCACACGGAGCGGGCCAUCAUCUACGCCCAGCCCAGCGACCGCUCCAUCAUGCAGAGUCAGAGCCUGAUGCUGGAGCUGGAGCUGGGGGACGAGGUGUGGCUCCGCCUGUACAAGAGGGAGCGCGAGAACGCCAUCUACAGCGACGACGUGGACGUCUACAUCACCUUCAGCGGAUACCUCGUUACGCCUAAAUAGGAGGAGGAGAGAACGCCUUUGCAGAGAAUUUUGAAGCGUUUAGUCAUGAUCACAAAAAUGAAAGCUCUCUCCAGACGGCAGAUGUGAGCAAAUAUGAAACUCCAGUCAUCUGCAAACAGUUGAGGUUACAAACAGAGACGGGAAACAUGCAGAAAGGUUUCAAAAUGACAGAUCGUGGUGUCAUCUGCUGAACAGUUCUGUUAUUUUUAGUAAAUUCUGAGUCAUUUGAAUGACUGAUGAUUAAAACCGUCUCAAAUUCGCACAACAGAAACAGGAAGGAGGUUUAGAUGUGAUUGUGACGAUGAACCCAUCUGAUCCUUCGUGCUAAUUUAACAAGCCUACUAUUUUUAUAUUUGACCAUAAAUGUGAAAGCAGUCAGUUAGGUUGUCUAAGCCGGAUUAGAGGGUUUUCUGGCACAUUUAGAACUCUAAACCAGAUUUAAAUCCAGACCUGCUUUUUAAAACUCUCCUCUCAUGUAAUCCAAACACUCCAAGACUUCAGUUCAUGGUGCAAAACAUUUAGGAUUUUUUUCUUCAGACAGCAAAGGUUACAGUAAACCCAGGUACUAAAGCAGCUCUGCACCAUGACACUACCGCCGCCGUGUUUGACUGUUAGUCUGAUGGGGCUUUUUUUCACAAACUGUUCUUAAAGCACUUUUUAACCAAAAUAUUGUUUAACAUUUUGUGUAUCAUGUGUAUUCAUGCGUUGGAGUUUCCUCCCUUCUUUUUAUUUACUGGUAUUUCUUAGAACAAUAAAGUGGAGGAAAUAUAAUG